GCCAACAUGGACGAAGUCAAGAAGAUCGCACAAUUGGGCGACCUAAUCCUCGAGGUCGGCGGUUCGAAAGCGAAGCUCCUCGUGUCAUCCACUGUCCUGACUAGUUUGUCGAAAGUCUUCGCUGCGCUUCUCGGACCGCAUUUCAAGGAAGGCCAAGUCCAACGCAGCGCCGAGACACCUCAGGUCGUUGAUCUGCCCGAGGACGAUGCCGCAGCAAUGACGAAUAUGUGUAUGCUGCUUCAUGCUCAAUCUCAUCGGAAACCUGGAAUCAUUCCCACGGCGGAUUUCAGGGCGUUGGCUACACAGGCCGAGAGG